AUCGGAAUUGAAGGAUAUGUAUCCCUACAUCAAGUUCUAAUAUCCCGUCAAAAUACAACACUCCAAAAUCUUGGAUAUCCAUUAAAAGAUCUACAAACUCAUAAUGAAAAUUUAGAUGCUAAAUUAACAACAACGUCAUCAAUUUCGAAAACAAAUCAAAAAAUUAUUUCAGAAAAACAGAAGGGUAAUUUCAAACAAAUAAUUGAUGAAAUUAUGUUUACCAUUGAAGAAAAUUCGUAUAGAAUAUCGAAGACAGCAAUGAUUAAUAACACCUUAAAAAAAUGA